AGUCGUAUUCGGGUGACAUGAUUCACAUUGUGGGAUAACUGUGUUAAAAACACGCGUUUCCCUGGAACGGAGGAUGUAAUCAAGAUGGCGGACAGUCCUUCGCAAGAUCAGCCAAAAGACAUUCCUGGUUUAGGAGAUCUUCAGGAGUUCUCCCAGCAAACUUUACGAUUGCUUGUUGGGGGAAUCCAGAAGGCAAACAGUCUCCCUGAGGCUGGCGAGGAUCAUGACUUCUACUACAGUUUUUCUGACUUCAGAGAAUUCAGAAAAGCACAAGGGACAAGAAUUCUCAACAAGUUGUGUACAUGAUCUUCUGAAGCAGUUCCAUGUCAGAUGUAGGUGGCCAAACAGAAACACAUCUUGCUCAAAUGUUGAUGUUGAUGACUUGUAUGAAAGUUUGGUGGAAGCUAAUGAUACACUGCUUGAAGAAGUGGACACUAGCCUUGAUGAAGCAUCUGGAUUAAGUAAGAACAGAAAACCCAUUUUGAGUCCAGCUGUGCGACAAGGAGGGCCAAUGGUUUCUAGUUGGAACAGGAAGACUCGGGAUAAUAAUAAUAAGGAUGGCAAUUUCCGCCUGCUCCUGGCCAAGAACAUUCAGCGACCUCAGAUGAAAUUCAAGGACAAGAUUGACAACUCUAACACUCCAUUUAUACCUAUUAUCAAGUACAAGCCAAAUGCUCUUAAGCCAUUAGAUCAAGUUGCCCCUUCAGUGCAGAACCCAGAAGAUCUUAGUGUGCCAUCUGUCAUUGCUGACUUUAUCCACCAACAGAGAGUAAAUUCAGCAUCUGAGAAUCCUGUGAACAGGAUUUCUCAUCCAUAUGAAUUUGAGCUGCAAAGGUUUGAGCCCCCAGCAACACAAUUAAAGGAAGCAAAGGAACAGCUAUAUGAUAGCCUAGAAGACACUCCCUUCACACUUGUUGAGACAGUGGAACAGCUGGAGAGUCUCAGCCAGAAAUUGAUGGAAGCUCAAGAGUUUGCUGUGGAUUUGGAGCACCACUCAUACCGGUCGUUUCUGGGCUUUGUCUGCCUGAUGCAGAUCUCAACCCGGGAUCAUGACUUUCUUGUGGACACUCUAGAGCUACGAAAUGACCUUCACCUACUUAAUGAGUCAUUUACGAAUCCCAAUAUACUCAAGGUAUUUCACGGAGCUGAUAUGGAUGUGGGCUGGCUGCAGAGGGACUUUGGUAUCUAUGUCGUGAACAUGUUCGACACUGGCCAGGCGUCGCGUGUGCUGGCACUUGAGCGUUUUUCCCUGGCUUUCCUCCUUAAGAAGUUCUGUGGUGUUACAGCUGACAAACAGUACCAGCUUGCGGAUUGGAGAAUACGGCCGCUCCCGGAAGAGAUGAUCCGCUACGCACGUGAAGAUACCCACUACUUGUUGUACAUCCAUGACAGGCUGCGCAAUGAACUCAUACGAACAGGAAACGAAAACAAUAACCUGCUCCUCUCCGUCUAUAGCCGUAGCACGGAAGUUUGUCAAAAGCAUUACGAGAAACCCUUGUUCACCAGUGAGUCCUACAUGAACUUGUAUACGAAGCAGCGCCGACCCCUUAACCCAGUACAGCUAAGGGCAUUCCGUGCUCUGUAUGCGUGGAGAGACACCAUCGCUCGCCGGGAGGACGAGAGCUACGGAUAUGUUCUCCCCAAUCACAUGCUGUUCACCAUUGCCGAGACGUUGCCGAGGGAGCCCCAAGGUGUCCUUGCCUGUUGCAACCCAGUCCCCACUCUGGUGAAGCAAUAUGUAAAUGAGGUUCACCAGUUAAUACUUCAGUCAAGAGAUGCUUCUACCACGACAGUUCCAGUAGAGACGAAUGAGACUCGACAACAGACACCACAGACGACUAGCACCCCAUCACCAUCAACACGGCCACAAUCAGCCGGUGGCAAAAGACCAAGGCCUCGCCUGCUCUCAGACGUUUCUGUAGGCCUUCCAUUAAAGAGGACUGCACCUUUUGAGGGUCACAAGCUUAUAGGGCCACCUGUGAAGGUUGUCAAACCGGUUAUUAGCCUGUUCGACCAGCGAGAGGAAUCACCUGAAACGGAAGGUCAGAAAAAAGCCAAAAGGAUAUCUGCAUCAUUCAUAAAUCCUUUUAAAGUGGUGUUGCCCACCAAGACCCCGGACAGCUCCACCGGAGAAGUGAACAGAAACCAACCCAAAGCUGAUGCCGCUAAGAUUAACCAGCAGUGGAAAGAUGCAACAGAGCAACCAAUGAACUCGACGCAAGGCAAGGUGGCCAAAGACGACGAAGAUCAUGCCAAAGUUACAGCUGGUAAGAGGGACCGCUCACAGAGUGACAGUGAGCCUGAAGAUACCACUCCCUUACGGCAAAAGGGUGCUGGCAAAGAUAACAGCAGAAAGAGACGCCAUAGGAAAAAGACUGGAAACGAGGCCCAGCAUUCAGCUGGGUCAGACGAGGAGGACGAGCCAUCCUAUGACGUCAUCAGUCAGGACACCCGAGAGUUUGUGCCAUUUGACUAUAACCCUGCAGAGUACAGCAAACUAUCGGGCCAGAAUGCUCAGCCAAGUACUGAAGUCUUUAACCCCUACGAAAAAGCAAGAUCGGAAAAGCAAUCGUCCGGUCCACGGUCCAAGGUGCACAUGAAGUCCGGACAAAGAAGUAUGACCUACUCCAAGAAAAGGGAUUUCUCUAAAAAGCAGCAAUGGCCAUCCAGAUAGUUGAACAACAGAGUUCUCGGUCCAACACGGUCUCAACACUCAAAUAGGGAUUGCUGCAUUUCAAGGGCCUAAAUUAGAUUGGGGGGCGGGGCGGGGUGGUGGGGCGUGUGCCAACUCCGCCUUCCAACCGUAAACACCAUCAUGGUCACCACUUCGUUGGAUGCCACCGCGCUUUGUCAGUUCCCAGACACUGAUAUUAUUUCUUAUUCACCAGCCAAUCAGAGUGCGAGAAAGGUGCGCUUGGGAAAUGGCCUAAAUUUCCACACUUUGAAAUUUGUGUCAAUCAAAACACAUUCUGAUUGGCUUUACACUUGUUUUGACCAUGGAAGCCCGCAGCAUACUUUUAAAUAGAUUCUUAGAAUUUUAAAACUGACAUUGUGGAAUUCGAGUUCUAUAUCAUUUUAUAAUUGUAACUCAAAUGAAUUAGCGACCUUAUUUCUCGCGUUUUAGAAGGCAUGUCAUUAGCCAACAAUAGCAAGUGCCAUCACCUACAACAAUAUUCCCUUUCACAUAACCUUUUAUUCAUUUAUUCCUUGACAAAAUCAUAUAAACCUAUCAAGAUUUAAUUGUUAUGUCAAUAAGCUUGUGGGCUCUGUUAUUCGACAGGCGAAAAAAACAAAAAAAUAAAGUGACUGAUAAAGGGCA